AUGGGAUUCGUCACCAAGUUCAGCCUUUACCUUCUUGGAAUUCUGGUCUCCAGUUCUUUCCCAGGAGGUGAGCAUUAUACCAAAUCACCCAGAAGUCUUACAUAGGGCUAAGCAGUCACUAAAAUGUACUCCUUAGAUUUUGAAUGGAGAGCAGCCCAGCUAAUCCUAUUGGGACAAAAGAGCAGGGUUUUAAAAUAUUCUGUGUUUUCCUCAUGGGAUCACCAAUGAUAUAGCUAAAGAGCAAACUCUUAGUUCUUUUGGUCCUCUUUAUUUUCUUCCUUCUUUCUCCAUACAGCCAAGACCAGCUCAUGUCCCAGGGACUGGAUGCAAAACCAGGGCAACUGCUAUGCUUAUUUUGAUUUUAAGAUGUCAUGGGAAGAUGCUGAGGUAAGGCACAUCCCUCUCCUACGAAAGCAUAAUGUUAUGUGAAAGUACAUGAGAAGCAUCUUAGACUCAACAAAAGAGAUUUGAUUUGUUAUAAGGUGAAGUAGUUUACCAACCCAGGAGAAGAAACAAGUCAUCUGUGCAUGAAAAGAACAAUAAUGUGCAGUUUUAGGAAAAGGCAUGUGGGCUAAAAAAAGGGGGGGGGUCAGACAUUGUUUGCCUCUGUAGAGAUCAUUUGGAAUAUGCAAACUUGGGCUUAUUGAAGUGUUUGUUUUGACCCUCCACCUGUGCUCAACAUGUAUAUUUGUGAAUAGACUCAGAUAUUACAAGAGGCCACUUAGCUUCCUGUGACUUCCAAAGGGAUUUGCCUGGCGAGUACCCGCCUCCCCCCCUUGGAAAAUAAGACACAAGACACAGCGUUUAAGGUUAAUGGGCGAAAAAGGCCACAACUUUAUUGAUUGCAGGAAUUGAGCGGUAUUGACUUAGGCAUUGGUCCUAUCGACAAACCGGCUUCAGCCUGGUUGCUUGAAGACCGGCAAGGGUUAACUGUCAGUAGGGGGCGUCCUGCUGAUGUACAUCAACUAGGAGCUCCCCCGGGGUCACCACUCGGGGGCGUGCCUUAGGCCCACACCUCCAUAGGCUUCGGACAGGGCAACGCCCCCCGGAAUCCUUUACCGGACUACCCUUCGAUUUGGGGGAAGGUGAUGGCGCUUCCUCCCCCCCCAUCUGCAUAACAAUACCCUUACCAAUGCCAAACCGCCAAUGCCGAGGAAGUUGUGAUGAUUUGCUACGAGGUAGGCGAAAAACCAAAUGGCUGGUGCCAAUUUGCCAAGUGGAAAAAACUCCUUGACGGCGACCAACCGAAGUCCAUAGCAAUGUCGUAGAGCCAAACCUAAGGGUGGGCGGGGUGGGAAACCGGAGCAGCUGGAGCGAAGAAGAGACAGAAAUCCUCAGCUUCGCCAGCCCUAAAUAGCCCGGGCCACGCCUCCCUGACCAGCCGAUUGGCUGGCCAGGGAGAUGACACAUCCGAGGAUUCCCCCAGUCUCACAGGGGCUGUGAGUCAGCCCCCGCGCAUGUGGGGAGGGUGUGGGGCCCGCAACCCCACCUCCUCUCCAGUUCGGAAGUGGCUUUACCAACCCAAGGUAAAUGCUACACUCCUGCAAAUCUUCAUAGCUUUAGAGAACAGGUUGGUUUCAGCGGUUCUCAACCUGUGGGUCCCCAGAUGUUGUUGUACUACAACUCCAUAGCUGUCAACUUUUCCCUUUUCUUGCAAGGAAUCCUGUUCGGAAUAAGGGAAUUUCCCUUUUAAAAAGGGAAACGUUGACAGCUAUGUACAACUCCCAUCAUCCCUGAGCUCUGGCCUUGCUAGCCAGGGGUGAUGGGAGUUGUAGUUCAACAACAUCUGGGGACCCACAGGUUGAGAAAGGCUGGUUUACAUCCUAUAGUUUACUAGUGGGUUGUGUGGUCUGGAGUGUCAAAAAAAGAAUGCAGCCAGAUGGAUGGAAAGUUAACCUCCUGGAUUGCAGAGCUUGAGCUAAUAUCAGUUUGAUAUUCCAAAGGAAAUCCUUCAAGCUCAGGGGGCCACCAGGUGGCGCAUUGGAAGAUGGCCGACAAUAACAUCUCUCUGACCCAUACGAGGUAAUUAAGAGGCUGCUAUGGGAAGUAUGCAGUCCUCCUACCCCCCCCCCCAGGAGAUGGGGGGGCUGCCUUGCCAGCGGCGCCCACAAUGCACCCCCGGAUUCGAGAGAUGGGGGUGCCGGACACUUGGCACGAGCCCUCGAUGAGGUCAGCUCUUCCUGACGCCAGUUCCAAUUAGCGCGUGCUGGCUUGCUUUAGCUCGGAAUUAUAAUUGGAAACAUAUGAUUGGAAUGAAGCUAAAGCACAUACAUCAAGCAUCGCUCGGGAGAUAAGACUGCUGACUAAUGGAUCUCUGUGACUGGAGUGACGGAUGGAUAAGUAAAUCUUCUGAUGAACCACCAUUAUGAGACUGUAUGUUUGGAAUGAAGGGGGGGUGGAGGAAAAAACCUUUUUUUCUUUGCACUAUGUGAUAUUAAUAACCCUCCACCCCAGAAAGAAAUAAGAUCGUUGCGUUUUACUAACCACAAGCAGGAAUUCAAGAACUGUGUGGGAUGGAUUAUAGCUAAAGAGAGGAUUGGUAAACAAUGAGAACGGAGGAAAAUUUUAUGAUGCAGUUAAAAAAUGGCGUCUCGCCAAGACAGGCUUGCCGGAGAAAGAAGGACAGGGGGAGGAGAAUCAGGACCAUUGGAAUGAGAAGGAUGGUUGGAAUGUAAUCUUGACCUGACAGAGCCUCCUGAUAUACUUGGCAAGUCUGAGAAAAUUAAAGGACAGACCGAAGAUUAAUUUUUUUAUGGAAGCGUGGAAUAGCGGCUGUCCCUGAGCGAUAUGAUUUUUGGAGAGUACAAAACCCACACAGAGGAUGCCUGUUUCCAAUCUGCUUGUGAAAAUUAUCAGAGAUCGCAAAGAAAGGAAUAUACGAUAACAACAAGAAGAUGAAGAAAGUAAUAAAGGACUAUCUGGAUUGAACUGGAUAGAACUGUUUAAUUAAAGCAGCAAUAUAAGUGAUGUUUGGACUCAUUCGGAGCUUGAUGUAUGGGUACCCCCAACAAAAUUUAAAAUGUGGCUGUAUAAUUUGGAACUAAUGUGAUUUGGAUAAUGUGAUGUGAUUGGCCUGUUAAUAAAAAUUAUUUUUUUAAAAAAAGGAAAUCCUUCAAGCUCAGAUUUCCUUAAAUAUAGCCAAACACAUGUUCCAUCUUUCUGAAGCUUUCACAAUAUUAACAAUUAAAAUAAUGCUGAUUUUCAGUUUGUUAGAAGACCAGUUUACAGCUCCCUCAUGUGAUAUUUGUAUUCAGCUUUGUUUCCUUAUUUGGUUUCAAAAACCUUGUGGCUAUUAGAAUGUAGAGAGAUUAUACAACAAUGAACAUUCAUCUUAAUUUGCAUGAGUGUUUAUAUAACAUCCUAUUAAUCAUCCAUCCAUCCCACACUUUUCUAAGCAUUUCUCCAUCACUUUCCUAACCUCAAAAAUUAUUGUUUCUGUAGUAGAUUUAUUGCCCUAGAAUCGCAGAUCACUUUUAUUCCCUCUAAUUGUACGUUGGUAUGUCCUUCAAUUCCUCAUGCAAAAUACUCAGAAUCUGGAGGUGCUGUCAGACUAGUAACAUUGCAUCUGACAAGUUCCACAGGGAACCUCACAUUUUGAGAAUUUCACUUUGGUAUUGGUAGGUACGAAUAUGUGGUGUGUGUUUUUCUUGCAAUAUCUCAUUCUUCCAAUUUUAAAUUCCGUUCCUCACAUUUCUGCAGCAAUCUGUCAUUUGUUUGUUUGUUUGUUUGUUUGUUUGUUUGUUUGUUUCUCAUGAAAAUUCUUCAGCAUUUUAGUUCAAAUUUAUCCUAGCAAACACAGUUUUCUAUGCAGUUUUGUACCUUUCCCCUCAUAUGAUUCAUUGUACAUGUUGUCUUCACCCAUGGAUUCCUUUUAAUGCAUACUUUCCCCUAAUGCAUGCUCUUUAAGUGUGAAUUUCAAGAUAUGCUUGUGUUUCAGUCUCCUUCCUUCCUUAUCUUUUUUUCUUCUUGUUGGACAGUUUGAACGUGAGGGAUUGGCUUUUAAAUGGGAACUGAAUUGAAUUCAUCUCCCGCCCAUGCUAGUGGGGCAUUAAAUUGUGACAAGGUAUCCUUCAUUUCUUCCAUUUUUAGAUUGAGUGCCAGAGCUAUGGUCGUGGGACCCACCUUGCCUCUAUCCUCACUGAGAAAGAGGCAGCCUUGGUCGCCAAGCACAUCGCCACAUACCAGAAAAAUCCAAGUAAUGUCUGGAUUGGGCUCCAAGAUCCCCGUCAGGUGAGUUGUCUUCUCUUAUUCUAUUUCAGGCCAUUGUCAGUGAUGUAGGAGCCAACUCCUAAGGGCUGAGGUCCCUCCCCCCCUAAAAUAUUUGAGGGGGCCAGCCCCUCCCCCAUUAUUGGGCACUGUCAUUCAAAUGCUGUGUGCGUGAUAGAUUAUAUGGGGCAUGGCUUAACUGCUCCCUUCCCAAUAUUUUAUUCAAGUUGGCACCCCUAAUCAUUGAAUAGUGGCUUCUUAACACCACCAUUCUGUCCUUAUCUCAAUCAUCUCCCAGGAUUAAUCCAAUAUUUAACUUCUCCAUUAUGUUUAUGGGGGUCCUCUAAUAUCUCCAUCCUAAAUGCCAAUCGCUUCACUCUGACCAAUGCUCCACAUAACAAACCAAUAACAAACUUAGUUGGUCUCUAAGGUGCUACUGGAAGGAAUUUCUUUAUUUUGUUUCAAUGCUCCACAUGAUCUUUUAACGGAGCUCCUCAUUUCAAAUGACUGCAUGAUCUCUUCCAUAUCAUUCCUGCAGAAUGGGCGUUGGAGGUGGGCUGACGAAUCAACCUUCAAUUACCGAAGCUGGCAAACAGGGGAACCAAACAACGUGGGUGGUGUGGAGUAUUGUGUGGAGUUGCUGCACGUCUCUGGUAAGGAAAACAUUUCCAGGGUUGAGAAGAAGACAUUUGCAUCUUGGAUUUUACAUUGCCAUCUGCUUCUCCAUCCAUUGCCAAAAUUUCUUAAGAUUGUAUCUAACAAAGUUGUACUUAGUCAUCACUACCUAGGUAAAGGUAAAGGGACCCCUGACCAUUAGGUCCAGUCGUGGCCGACUCUGGGGUUGCGGCGCUCAUCUCACUUUAUUGGCUGAGGGAGCCGGCGUACAGCUUCUGGGUCAUGUGGCCAGCAUGACUAAGCAGCUUCUGGCGAACCAGAGCAGCACACGGAAACGCCGUUUACCUUCCCACCGGAACGGUACCUAUUUAUCUACUUGCACUUUGACGUGCUUUCGAACUGCUAGGUUGGCAAGAGCAGGGACCGAGAAAUGAGAGCUCACCCUGUCGUGGGGAUUUGAACCGCCGACCUUCUGCUCGGCAAGUCCUAGGCUCUGUGGUUUAACCUACAGCGCCACCCGCGUCCCUCUUAUCACUACCUACAAUCAUCACUCAUACCUCAUCACUGCCUACAAUCCAUUAAAUUUAAAGAGUUUACUCUGAGGAUGAGUUGGUUGGAUACAACACUCAGCCAUGUGCUUAUCUGUACCAAGGUUCACAAAUUAAUUAAGCUGUACACCAAAUCAGCAAGGAUCCAUUUGUUGAGCAUGAGUUAGAAGGCUUUGACUACAUCCAGUCUUCAUAGGUUGGUUGCAUGUAAUUAUCUUCAUUUAUAUACUUUAUCCAGAAAACAGUGGUUGCCAAACUGAUGUAUGAGUCUAUUAUCUCAAAUUUCAGAUUUACGGAAGUGGAAUGAUAGAAUCUGUGAUCAAAUGAAUACCUUCAUUUGCAAGCAAGAGCUGUAA